AAUUAUAGCCUAUAAAAGGAGUCGCCGGAAGGAAUUCUUCGUCACUAGAGUCAACCAUGUACACCAUCGUGUUCUGUUUCCUCGUUGCUGGGGCCCUCGCCGCCCCUUUUCGGAAGCCGACUUUCCAUCGUGGUCUCAAUAGGAUUGUCGGUGGACUAGAAGCAACGCCAGGCCAGUUCCCAUAUCAGCUUAGCUUCCAGGAUACAUCAUUUGGAUUCGAUUUUCAUUUCUGUGGAGCGUCCAUUUACAGUGAGAACUGGGCUGUAUGUGCGGGACACUGCGUCCAGGGAGAAGACAUGAACAACCCAGAUUACCUGCAGAUUGUGGCUGGCGAACACGAUUUGGACAAGGUUGACGGUACCGAGCAGAAGAUUGUCCUUUCCAAGAUUAUCCAGCAUGAAGAUUAUAACGGCUUUACCAUUAGCAACGACAUUUCACUUCUUCAAUUUUCCAAGCCUCUGAAUUUCAACGACAGGGUUAAAGGUAUCGGGUUACAGAGCAAGAAAGAGUACAUGGGUGACUGCGUAGUUUCAGGCUGGGGCACCCUCAAUGAGGGAGGGCACAGUCCAUCAAAGCUGCAGUAUGUUGAAGUGCCCACCGUCUCGGACGCUUAUUGUCGUGAUGCCUAUGGCAAAAACGAGAUCGAUGACUCUAUGAUAUGUGCUGGAGUAUCCGAAGGAGGAAAGGACGCUUGCCAGGGUGAUUCUGGUGGACCUUUGGCGUGUGGCGGCCUCUUGACUGGGAUUGUGUCUUGGGGCUACGGUUGUGCUCGUCCUAACUACCCUGGUGUCUACAGUGAGGUAGCCUACUUCAAAGACUGGGUCGAAAAUAACGUUCAAUAAACAUUACUUUCAGAUAUUCUGUUGUAAAUAAAAACGCCAAAAGAUGAAAA